AGUCAAUACCUAGUAUAAUACCUAGAAAUAGAGUUGAAGAUAAUUUACUUCCUAGUCCUGCAGGAUGGGACUGGGUCUCAGUGAACUCAGUGGGCAGGGGUUGAACCCGGGACUUUCGAGGAUUACUUGGAUUAGUCCAAACGACAGUCCAGCCCGCAAACCGCACUACCAGGCAGCCAUCCAAGUUAUAUAGAUCUAGUUAUAUAGUAUACGUUAUUAUCUAGGUCUAUAUAGACUAUAGGCCUAAAGUAAAAACUACUAUUUUACAGUAAACCUAAUCAAAGCAGUUGUUUACAUCUAAGCAGCUGCUGCCCAAUCUGCUGGUACACCGACUCUAGCUGGGUUAACCUAUGGCAAGUCAAGUACUAUAUAGAUCUAUAUGAUAUAUCUAGAGACUCUUUACAGAUUCAAAUAUGAUCACAUGCACCUUGUACAGAGCUUGCGUAACAUUUAGCAAGAGAGCAGGAGUUGGAGCUCGGUACAGUUUUUGGACAAGCACUAAUAAUGGUUUCCAUCCUCAGUUAUGUAGAUUUUCUAUGUAUUCAUCAGUAAUAAAGAAAUGGAGAGUUAGCCCAGUGUUACAGAAGUUAACAAAAUCUUAUUCGGUGGCUGCAGAGGAAAGCAAAACAGCUGAAUUAGAAAAACUAAGAUCAGAAAUGAAUAUACGUCUAGCCAAUGAAAAUGGAUUUCUAUCUUGGUGUCGAAAUACAUAUCUUUUAACUGUUGUGGGUGUGGCAAUGAUUACAGAGGCUACAACAGAAGUAGCAAUGGAUGCUGGUUUCUCUGCCUUGUUUCUUGCCUCAGUAAAUAUAUUUUGGGGCACAGGAAGCUACAUCACAAACUUGAUACGCCUGCGGAAUGCAUCAGGAAUGUCUACACUACUACUCUCAGUUAGUAUCAUUGGUUCUUUCUUGCACUGUUUGUUCUGGAGUUUUUUACUUCUGUGUUACAUAGGACUCAUGGAUGAUUGGGAUCCCAAUGGCCCUACACAGAUGCAGCUAUUAAAAAAAGACAAUAGAAGUAAAAGAGAAUAAAAUAUUUCCAUUAUUAUAUGUGAUCAUUUUAUAGACUUAAGAUUUUUAAAAAUCUUAACUUUUGUUGAUACUUCAUUUUUUAUGCAAAAAUUAUUUUUAAAUAUAUGCCAUAGUCAUUCUAUGACUGGAGAAGUUAAGGUGUUCUUGUUGACCACCAAAGGUUGUUGUUUUUUUCUCCUAAUGGCCAGUAGAUGUCCUUAAUAGAUGAAUCCUUAUGUAGACUAAAAAUUUUCAGUUCAAAAGAUUUGACUCAAGCUGAGUUGUGUUUGCUGAGAACCUAAAGGCAACAUGGAAACCUAGUUGCCAGUGGGUUGAUUUUUUUCCCCAUCAAAUACGCCUUUCUUUGACAGUAUCUUUUCUUUGUGUUUUGAACUGUAUGUGCCAUAGUCUUAAAGAGUUCUCCAGAGUAAGCAGAGGAAACAUCAGCAAGGAAUACACAUUUCUUUUUCUUAGCAUAUGUAAUUAUGAGACUUUUUAUGCAAAUUUUAUGCUUAAACAACAUUUUUUAAAUAAUUAUUUUAUUUUAAACAAAACAAAAAUUCCCCAUACAGCAUUGACCAGAUAAUUGUCAUAUUAAAAGGCGGACUAUACUUCAUCCUUUGAUAGACUUUUGAAUUUGCAAAUCCUGAUUGUUUUAAAUCAGUUGUUUGUUUUAACGGCUUUGCUAAUGUUUUCUAUUAUUAUCAUUAUUUUCAUAAACUAUGAUCAUUACUUUGUAAAAUUGUGACACUCUGAUAAUUGUUUUAUGAAUGCUGUGUAAUUGUAAUAUUAUUUUGUAUAUUUGAUCCAUUCACACUAUUCACGUGUUAUUGGACAAUUCAAUCAUUUGUAUCUCAGCAUUUCCUAGACUUACAUCAUCAUUCAUGUGAAAUUUAUCAAAACAUCAUAGGGAGGAACAAUUCAUUUUUGAGAAACGGUAGUAUUUUAAAAAUGUAUUUUGUUUUAUACAAUUUACAUGUUUACAGUUAAAAACAAGUGAAAUAGCAUUUUAUUUUUUUUUAAAUGUCUAAGGAACAAAAAAAUUAAUGAUGUAUUAGUCAUUGUUAACAAGAUUAUUUUUUUUUUCUCAUGAAUAUUUUUCUUUGUAAACUAAACAAUGUCAAGGUUGCUAAAUUGAACUUUAAAAUUGGGGACUUAAUAAAAGUUACAAACAAAAGAGCUUAAGAAAUUUUAUUCUGCAGUGCUCAAAUGUGCACAGAAAUAAUCAAGUACAUUUUUUUAAACCAUAAUUUAUUAACACUUCCUUUACUUUGUACAUGGAGUACACCAAAAAGCUUGCUACAUAUAGAUAAUCUCCCAUGUAUGAAAAUCUCUAAUAAUGGUGACUGUGUAGUAUUUGUGUACUUCAGGUGCUAGAGAGAUUGAGAUAAAUAUAAGCAAGAAAAAUCAAUUGUUGGAAAUAAUAUUUUAAUCAUUUUUGUGAAAUGACAUAGUUUGGGCCUCAGUUAUCUUGUUUUUAUUCAUCUUUUUCUCUCUGUAAUUAUUUUUCUUCAUUCCGAUAGAAUUAUUCAUUUUUCUCAUUUGUAUUUCUAUCCUGUUAUUAUUAAACUUCAAAAACCAUUUUUUUGUUUGUAAUCAGGAAAUGUUAUAUUUGGUAUCGAAUUAAAGGGGAAUUGAUGCUCUUUUUAAAGAAUACAAAUUAAAGUUUAUAAAUCCAAAACUCAAUUUAGUGUAAUGGGGUCAAAUCAACAUUGGCAUUGUCAAUUAGGAGAGAUAGAGUUAAUAAAUUUUUAAUAAAGUCUAAGCAUGUUCACAUGUUGACUGGUCUCUUUUCUAAGUUGCAUUUAAGUUGCACAUUGUUUUCAAGUGAAAUCUCCAUGUCAACACACAAAUAAAUAUUUUCCCCUUUCUUUGUUACAAUUUUUUGUUUUGUUUUAGGAAAGCAAAUUUAGAAAAUACCUUGAAUAGAUUUCUUUUGCUUUUAACAUUAAUGGCCAUUUGAUUAGUAAGAACUUAUCUGAUGAAGUACACACACACAUAUAUACUGUAUGUAUGUCAAUACUCACAAACACUGUCAGUACACACAAACACUGUAUGUAUGUCAGUACACAUUAACACUGUGUGUAUGUCAGUACACACUAACACUGUGUGUAUGUCAGUACACACUAACACUGUGUAUGUCAGAAUGUCUGGAAUAUUUUUUUUUUCAAUUGCAUUUAACUAAUAUCAUUGACUUUGAAUGUGCUUAUUAAAUUAUUAUUAUUUUAUUAAGUUGUAUCAACUAUAUAUUUUUAUUUUCAUAAUAAAAAAAGAAAAAUAUAAA